AUGAUGGGACUUUUGCUGUGUACCUUUUUUCUGAUUUUUGCCAAUUUUCCAAGCUGGGCAAAAGAAAGACAUUAUCAUAUUGGCAUUAAGGAAGGGACCUGGAACUAUGCUCCCACUGGUAAAAACAUAGUCAAUGGAAAAAAAAUUUCAGAAGACAAAGAGCUUCGUUCUUUUAUUUAUCUACAAAGAAGUGCUCGCAGGAUAGGAUCAACUUAUAAGAAAGCCAUGUAUAUUCAGUAUACGGAUGGAAGUUAUAAAAAAGAAGUGAAAAAACCCUCCUGGCUGGGAUUUUUGGGUCCUAUUUUGAAAGGAGAAGUUGGGGAUGUAUUUGUGAUUCAUAUGAAAAAUUUUGCCUCGAGACCCUUCAGUAUGCAUCCCCAUGGAGCAACCUAUACCAAGGAAAAUGAAGGUGCUCUGUAUCCUGACAACACCUCGGGAUUACAGAAGAAAGAUGAUGGAGUGAAACCUGGCCAGAAUUAUACUUAUUAUUGGUCCAUAACCCCAGAGCAAGGACCUGCAGAUGGGGACCAAAAUUGUGUGACCAGAAUUUAUCACUCACAUUUUGACACUGUGAAGGAUGUGGCUUCUGGGCUUGUGGGACCCCUGAUAACUUGUAAGAAAGGGUCCCUGAAUGGGGAUGUUGAAAAAGGUAUCGAUCGCUCGUUUGUUGUGAUGUUUAGUGAAAUAAAUGAAAAUGAGAGCUGGUACCUUGAUGAAAAUAUCAAUACCUACUGUUAUGAACCUGACAAGGUUAAUAAAACGGAUCCAGAAUUCAUAGAGAGCAACAGAAUGCAUUCAAUGAAUGGAUUCAUGUUUGGAAACAUGCCAGGAAUCACCAUGUGCAUGGAGGACAGAGUGAAAUGGUAUUUUUUUGGAAUGGGGGAUGUGAUUGAUAAACACUCCAUCUUUCUUCAUGGCCAGUCUUUGAUCUAUUUGGGUCACCGAAUAGAUACUCUGAGCCUUUUCUCUGCUUCAAUGGUUGAUGUCCUCAUGGUGGCAAAAUCUGUUGGAGAAUGGAUGCUUAGCUGUCAAAUUAACAAACAUGUGUAUGCUGGGAUGCAGGCCUAUUUCAAGAUAAAUGAUUGCAAAAAGCCCUCAAAUGAUCAUGUUAAUGGAAAAAAAGUUAGACACUACUACAUUGCUGCUGAGGAAGUGCUUUGGAAUUAUGCCCCAUCUGGUAUUAACUAUUUUACAGGGAAAAGUUUAACAGCUCCUGGGAGUGAGUCAGCUCCCUUUUUUGUUCGAGGACCCACCAGAAUUGGAGGAACCUAUGUAAAGUUGCAUUAUCAAGCUUACACAGAUGAUUCCUUCCUGAAAAAGAAAACGAGAGGCCCCGAAGAAAGACAUCUUGGACUUUUGGGCCCUGUCAUUAAGGCAGAAGUGGGGGAUACCAUUCGGGUUGCUUUCCUCAACAGAGCCCGUCAUCCUCUCAGUAUUCAGCCACACUGCGUCCGGCUCACCAAGAGCAACGAAGGAUCACACUACAUGACUCUCAGUACACCUCCACCUUCUUCAAGUAUAAAACCUGGGGAAAAUUUUACCUAUGAAUGGACUGUUCCUGAAACCGUGGGUCCCACCUCUGCUGAUCCAACUUGCUUGACAUGCAUCUACUACUCUGCCCUGGACCUGGUCAAAGAAGUCACCAGUGGGAUGUCAGGGCCUCUUGUUGUAUGUAGGAAAGGAAGUCUUAGUGCAAAUGGCAGACAGAAAGGCAUAGAUAAGGAAUUCUAUCUUCAACCUACAGUAUAUGAUGAAAACGAAAGCCUAUACUUGGAUGAAAACAUUAGAAAAUUCACAGGAAGUCCCAGUCAAGUGAAUAAGAGUGAUCCAAGCUUCCAAAAAUAUAACAAAAUGUACUCCAUCAAUGGAUACAUGUUUGGAAAUCUACCAGGACUUGAUAUGUGCUUAGGUGACAAGAUCUCAUGGCAUGUCCUCAGUAUAGGAUCAGAAGAGGAUAUCCAUGGGAUAUAUUUUUCAGGACACACAUUUGUCUCUUUGGGAUGGAGGAGAGACACUAUCAAUGUGUUUCCACAAACCUCUCAGACUCUCUAUAUGACAGCAGAUUCCCCAGGGCAAUUUGAAGUUACUUGUCUCACAACGGACCACUUUACAGGUGGUAUGAAGCAUAAAUACCGAGUGAAACCAUGCAACAAGCCUUUUAAUGACUACACCAUCUAUAAGGAGGGGAAGGUUUACUACAUUGCAGCAGUGGAAAUUGAAUGGGAUUAUUCUCCCAGCAGAAAGUGGGAAAAGGAAUUGCAACAUUCACAAGGAAAAAAUGUUUCAGGUUCAAGUUUAUUUUUGGAGAAAACUUAUGGUUGGUUUCUUGGUUCAAAAUACAAGAAAGUUGUUUUCUCUGAGUACAGAGACGGCUCCUUUAAGACUCCAAAGCCAAGAACAAAAGAAAACAAACAUCUGGAUUUGCUAGGUCCAAUAAUUAAGGCAAAUGUUGGAGAUAAAAUUACAAUUGUCUUUAAAAACCUGGCCAGCAGGCCUUAUUCUAUUGAUGCUCAUGGAGUGAAAAGAGAUUAUUCUACUGUUCCUCCAACAAAACCAGGAGAAAUAAGAGUAUAUAAGUGGAAAAUUCCUGAAAGAUCUGGGCCUACCCAAAAUGAUUCUGUUUGCAUACCCUGGGUUUACUUUUCAGCUGUAGAUAAAGUUAAGGAUCUCUACAGUGGAUUAGUUGGACCUUUGAUAGUCUGUAAACGAAAUGUCAACAUGGACCACGGAGUUAGCCAUGUUGUUAAUCUUUUUCUUCUUUUUAUGAUUGUUGAUGAGAACCUAUCCUGGUACUUUGAUGAAAACAUCAAAAAAUAUUCUCCACAUCCAGAGAAAGUAAAAAAAGCUGACCCAGACUUUAUUUUGAGCAACCAAAUGCAUGCAAUUAAUGGAAGACUUAAUGGAAACACACAGGGUCUGACAAUGCAUAUUGGAGAUACAGUGAACUGGUAUUUGAUUGGCUUGGGAAGUAAUAUAGAUGUCCACACUGUUCACUUCCAUGGUCACAGCUUCAAAUAUAAGGGUGCUGGAUUUUAUCGCUCAGAUGUUUAUGACCUUGUUCCUGGAAGAUUCAAAAUUGUUCAAAUGUACCCAAAAGAUGCUGGGAUUUGGUUAUUCCACUGUCAUGUUACUAAACACCUUAGUAGUGGGAUGGAAAGCACUUAUACUGUUUUAGAAAGAAAAGAACAAAAAACUUCAUGAAGAGAUUUUAAUGAACCCACAUCAAUGGUACUAGAGUUGAAGAAAAUUGAAAACUCGAGCCUGCAAAAGAAAAUAGGAGUUAAAUAAAAUUAUGAAUGUAAUCAUUUGUAAUGAAGUGGCUUAAAAAUAAAUAAAAUUAAA